UUCAUCUCUCUGUGUCUAGCUAGGUUUUAUACAUAAAACCCUUCUCUUGGUCAUCGCCGCCGCCGCCAAAACCAGCCACCUCUACCUCCGUUGGCCACCGCAAUGCCGACGGUCAGCGUGGGAAGAGAUCGCCUCUUCGAAGCCCUAGGCAAAGCCUACACGCAGGAGGAAUUCGAUGAGCUCUGCUUCGAGUUCGGAAUCGAACUUGAUGAUGUGACCACUGAAAAGGCGAUAAUUAGAAAGGAGAAGCAUUUGCAGAGCGAGGAGAAUGGUGAUGAAGAUGGAGAGGAGAUUAUUUACAAAAUCGAGGUUCCAGCUAACAGAUAUGACUUGCUCUGUCUUGAGGGUAUUGCACGCGCCCUUCGUAUCUUUAUCGGGAAGGAAAAGAUACCUGUCUAUAGAUGCGUUGAUAUUCCAAUCGAAUCUAUGCUCAAAAUGCAUGUUAAACCCGAGACGAAUCUGAUUCGGCCGUUUGUUGUUUGUGCCGUAUUAAGAGGAAUAACUUUCAAUGAAGCAAGUUACAACAGCUUCAUCGACCUUCAAGACAAGCUGCAUCAAAACAUAUGCCGAAAGAGAACUCUGGUGGCUAUUGGCACUCAUGAUUUGGACACACUUCAGGCUCCUUUCUCAUAUGAGGCCUUGCCUCCUUCAGAGAUAAAUUUUGUACCUUUGAAGCAGGUUAAAAAAUUCAGAGCUGAUGAGCUAAUGGAAUUUUACAAAUCUGACUUGAAAUUGAAGAAAUUCUUGCAUAUAAUUGAAGAUUCCCCUGUCUAUCCAGUUAUUUAUGAUAGCAACAGAACCGUUCUAUCAUUGCCUCCAAUAAUUAAUGGUGCACAUUCUGCAAUCAAUCUGAAGACAAAAAAUGUUUUCAUUGAAUGCACAGCCACUGACUUGACAAAGGCAAAAAUUGUAUUAAAUACAAUGGUAACAAUGUUUUCAGAGUAUUGUGAAAGGAAAUAUGAGGUUGAGCCAGUCCAUGUGGUAUACCCAGACAAAAGGACAUCUGAAAUCAAAUCAUCUGUAGAUGUACACUCACGGAGAGACAUUUAUCCUGACCUUUCAGUUACCAGUUUUAAGGCUCCUGUUUCAGAAAUUACUUACUGCAACGGAGUUGCCCUAGCUUUGAACCGUUUAACUUCAUUGUUGAACAAGAUGCAACUGCAAACUGAACAGUCCACUUCUGGUGAAAAUUUUCUAACUGUGCUUGUGCCUCCUACUAGAAGUGACAUCCUUCAUACUUGUGACUUGGCAGAGGAUGUUGCCAUUGCUUUUGGAUAUAACAAUGUUCCAAAAUCAAAGCCGGAUGCUAUGACGAUAGGAGGACGUCAGCCGUUGAGCGUGUUUACUGAUAAGAUCAGACUAGAGGUAUGUAAAGCAGGGUACAUGGAGGUGGUAACGUGGAUUUUAGGCUCACAUGAAGAGAACUUUGCAAUGUUGAGGCGGGAGAAUGACUCAAAAAAUGCAGUCAUCAUUGAAAAUCCUCGUUCGGCUGAUUUUGGGGUUACACGGACAAGUCUAAUGACAGGCCUAUUGAAAUCUCUAAAGAGCAAUAUAGACCAUCCAAGACCCAUAAAGAUAUUUGAAGUUGGUGAUGUCGUGAUGGUGGAUAAGUCAAAUGACGUCGGUGCAUCAAAUAAUCGCUGCCUUGCAGCACUGUACUGUAACGUUACAUCAGGAUUCGAGGUAAUUCUUGGCUUAGUGGAUAGAAUCAUGAAGGUUGCUCCUAAGGUCAAAAUUGAUGAUUAUAAGAGGCCUUCAGAUGAACCACAAUAUCUUCCAAAAAGACAAUGCAACAUCUUCCUUGAAGAGAAAAAAAUUGGCUCCUUUGGCAUUGUUCAUCCAGAGGUCUUGAAGAAUUUUGGCAUAAAUGACCCUUGCACUUUCGUUGAGAUUGACAUCCAGGCAUUACUAUGAAGCUAAGGUCGCCAUGACUGAAGGCUAUCUUCCUCUUCCCACACUUUAUUCCUUCUGAUCCCUUCUAUUACUUGACCUGUGGAUAUUAUAAUGAUCGGGCACAAUUGUGGAAUGAAACUAGUAUGCGCUUGUGGAAAUUCUUGGUUAUUUUUAUAAGACUAAGUGGGCGCACGUAUAAAUUGUAGAAGACCUUCAAGAUUCUUCCUAUCGAUACAUGUAGUUAAAGCACCGUUGCGGAAAUUAUUGAACCGUUGGCGGGUAAAAACAUGUAUAUGCUAGUUUCAUGUGCCUUGAGUAUAUCAUAACUACACCCAUAUUUGAAACUGAUUAUCACCAUUCACAUUUUUGUAAUACUAUGUAUCUACUUACAUGCUGCCUUCCUGUAGGCAUUCUUAAUCUGUGGUAUCACAAUUCCCUUGCCAUCUUUUUUCGGUUCCUGUUUGUUUUAACUUUGCUAUUAAUUCGCUUCAAAGCAAAGGGU